AUGAUGCGUAUCGCCAUAGCAGGUACAGGAGGUCUAGCUCUCCUCAUGGCGAGCAUAAUGCAGGAGGAUACGAGCCAUCAAUUUGUGCUUCUGUCACGUUCUGCGAAACCCCACCUCACUUAUCAAGGGUAUCAGAUACAAGUCAUCGACUAUUCUGAUAUCAGUUCUGUUAAGCACGCAUUAAUGGGCGUUGAUACGGUCAUCUCCACCGUGACAGGCCCAGAGCAGCUCCAACUUAUCGAGGCGGCAGUGCAAACUCGCGUCAGGCGAUUCGUGCCUGCUGAAUAUGAAGGCACACUGAACAGUAGAGUAAGAAAUGACCCAUUAGAUCGAGGUAGUAGUGCUGCCCAAUAUCUUUUGAACUCCUACAGUGCGUGGCUUGAGACAACGACCUUUACCUGCGGUAUUCUCUACGAGCGGUUCGCCCCUGGUGGGCUCAUACAAUACAACUUGGGCUUGCGGUCUGGCAUUGCAAACGAAGGAGACUACAUGAUAAAUAUCAGAAAUAAUUGUGCUGAUUCGCCAGCAUAUGAUGCCGCUGGAAACAUGGCGUUCGUCUGUAUGAUAUCAGCAAAGGAUUUGGCUCGGUUCGUUGUUCGAGCAUUGGAUAUGGAGCAAUGGCCCACGGAGUUGACAAUGCGCGGGGAUCGAAUGAGUGUGGCAGAGCUCACGCAACUUGUGCAGCUACUUCGAGGACGGCAACUCAGGGUCAACUGGCACAACCCUCAGACACUCAUAUAUGAGAUCAACUUGGCUCAGAUAAAUGGCGACUCGGCCAAAUUAUGGCGUUUCAACAAUCUACUGGCCACAGCCGAGGGUCGUUUUGACUAUGAAUCGCAGUGGCUAAACCAUCAAGCUCCAGACAUCGUACCUGAGCCCUUUCGCGAUUGGUUCGUUCGGCAAUGGGCUGCUAUACCUUGA